GCUCUACUCGGCAAUCCAUUACUUGUGCCUCUGCUGCGUGUCGCACACGACCGCAAAGCAUGUGGAAGUUCUCAUAGCCCAUAGAAAUAGUAUUAUUGUAGAAGACUGGAGCUUAAAACUACAUCACAGCGACAAAGUACCUCUGGCUAGUCAUGGGCUUGACUAAGCAGUACCUGCGCUAUGUGGCAAGCGCUGUGUUUGGGGUGAUCGGCAGUCAAAAGUCCAACAUCGCUUUUGUGACCAUUAGGGGUGGCGAGAAGGGUCGGUAUGUUGCCGUGGGUGCCUGCGAGCAUGUGUUUAUAUGGGACGUCCGAAAAGCUGAGAAGGUUCUUAUUCUUGAAGGUAAAAAGCAUGAGGUGACAUACCUGUGUCCAUCUCCUGAUGGUGUCCACAUAGCAGUUGGCUAUGAGGAUGGAGGUGUGCGCAUCUUCAAUCUUCUCAAUGGUGAAAGUAACGUCACCUUUAAUGGACACAAAUCUGCUGUUUCGGUCAUCAAAUAUGAUGCACUGGGUGCUCGACUUGUCACUGGUUCGAGGGACACGGAUGUGAUUGUGUGGGAUAUCAUCAAUGAAUGUGGUUUGUACAGACUCAAAGGACACAAAGAUGCUGUCACACAAGUUUUGUUCUUGGAGAACAAAAACAUUUUGAUUACAAGCUCCAAGGACAGUUUUGUGAAGUGGUGGGAUUUGGCCACACAGCACUGUUUUAAGACCAUGGUGGGACAUCGAAGUGAGGUGUGGGGAAUGGUCCUUCUGAACCAAGAGAAUAGAUUGCUGACAGGGUCGGCUGACAGUGAGCUCAGAGCUUGGGACAUUGAGUACAUACAGGAGGGCAAGGCUGCAGGGGAACCGCAUGAAAAGAAAGUAAAAAAUCUUCUGGAGGAGGAUGAUGAUGAGGAAGAUGAUGGUCUUGAUGAAGAGCCAGAGCGGAUAGUCAGCUGUACAAAAGCAGGUUCUGUUCUCAGGGAAUCUAGAGACAGGAUUGUGUCUUUGGUUACAGAUGCCAAAGCUAAAGUGAUAGCAUGCCACGGUCUGGAUGCUACGCUUGAAGUCUUCACCGUGCUGUCAGAGGAAGAAAUCCAGAAAAAGAUGGACAGAAAACUAAAGAAAGCCAAGAAAAAAGCAAAGUCUCAGGAAGGAGGAGAGGAUGUACCUGAGCCUGUAGUGGAGAGAAAGUUGAGUGAUGAGAUCCAGAAACUGGCAAACAUAAGGGCUUCAUCCAAAAUCAGGUCCGUGGAUUGCAUUCUGUUUUCUAAUGGAGAGAUGAAGGUUGCUCUUCUACUUCAGAAUAACACAGUAGAGACUUAUAACCUGAAGACCACAGAGAAAAGUCCAACUGGCACUAAGACCUCUCGGCUCACGCUCAACGGUCACCGCACAGAUGUUAGAACGCUGGCUUUCAGUUCAGAUAACAUUGCCAUCCUUUCUGCCUCCGGAGAAACUGUUAAAGUGUGGAACAGGUCCACCUUGCAGGUCAUUCGUACCAUGGGAUGUGAAUAUGCUCUCUGCUCAUUAUUUGUUCCAGGGGACAGACAGAUCAUUUUGGGAACAAAGAGUGGGAAGAUUCAGAUUUUUGAUCUGGCCUCAGGGAGCCUUUUGGAGACAACUGAUGCCCAUGAUGGAGCCCUCUGGUCCAUGUGUCUGUCUCCAGAUCAGCGGGGGAUUGUAACAGGGGGUGCUGACAAGACUGUGAAAUUCUGGGACUUUGAACUCAUAAAGGACCAAGAUUCUGGGAUGAACAAGAGACUGACAGUGAAGCACAUGCGUACCUUGCAGUUAGAUGAAGAUGUGCUGUGUGUGCGCUAUAGUCCUGACCAGAGACUGCUGGCUGUCUCCCUACUUGACUGUACAGUUAAAAUAUUUUUCACAGACACACUAAAGUUUUUCUUGUCGUUAUAUGGACACAAACUGCCAGUUCUGUGCCUGGACAUUUCACAUGACAGCGCUUUAAUAGCCACAGGCUCAGCAGACAGAAAUGUAAAGAUCUGGGGUUUGGAUUUUGGAGAUUGUCAUCGCUCAAUGUUUGCACAUGACGACAGUGUCAUGUUUCUUCAGUUUGUACCCAAAACCCAUUUGUUCUUCACUGCGGGGAAGGACAGAAAGAUCAAGGAAUGGGACGCAGACAAAUUUGAGCAUAUCCAGACGUUGGAGGGUCAUCAUCGUGAGGUAUGGUGCCUGGCCAUCAGCCCCAAAGGAGACCACAUUGUCACCUCAUCCCAUGAUAAGUCUCUCAGACUGUGGGAGAGAACGAGGGAGCCCAUCAUUCUAGAGGAAGAGAAGGAGAUGGAGAGGGAAGCAGAAUUCGAGGAGUCGCUGGGCAAAGGAGAUGAACCUGUGGUCCCCGGAGAGACUAAAGGAGAGGCAGAGCAUGCUGGGAAGAAGAGCAUUGAGACAGUCAAAGCUGCGGAGCGUAUAAUGGAGGCUAUAGAGCUCUAUAGAGAGGAAAGUAAAAGGCUGGAUGAGCACAAAGUCGCUUGUGAGACCGCAGGGAAGGAGUUUCCGCCUCCUAAGAUGAAUCCCAUACUGAUGGCUUUUGGAAAUGUCUCGCCCUCUCAAUACGUUCUGGAAGUGAUAAAGAAGGUUCGGUCCAGUGAGCUGGAAGUGUCUCUGCUUGUGCUGCCAUUCCAUUAUAUUCCAGAUCUACUGCAGCUAUUCAGUGGUUAUGUGCAGCAGGGCCUGGAGGUGGAGCUGGUGUGCCGUUGUCUCUUCUUCCUGCUAAGAAUCCACUUUGGUCAGAUCACUAGUAAUCAGAUGUUGCUGACUGUCAUUGAUGAUUUAAGGACAAACACAAUCUCCAAAGUGCGAGAGAUCAGGGACAUGCUGGGCUUCAACAGCGCCGGCCUUCAGUUUCUGCAACGUGAGAUUGAAAGCAAAGAGGACGUGAUGUUCUUUGCUGAUGCCACGGACCGUUUCCAGGAGAAGAAAAGGAAGAGAAAGAAACGUGAAAGAGCCGUUUUAACAAUCACAUGAAACUCACAUGUGACAAUGUUUUUUAAGUUCAUGUGUUUUUUGUACAUGUCUGAAGUCCAUAAAAACAAUGUUCGAUA